AUGCGUUUCUCUCUUUCCACUGUCGCCACUGCGGCCUUGAUCGUUUCUGCCACUGCGGCGCCUGCCCCGGCUCCUACCCGUGCCCAUGGUCAUCGUGGUGGUGACUAUAACGGCACCGACACCAAUGGCCUCAACCAUGGCUCAAAGCACUCCGGCAACGGCAGGGGAAACGGCGCGGGACGAGGUGGUCAACAAUAUGGCGGCGCUCCCGGUAUCUUCCCUACUGGUGGUGCUGCUCCCACCGGCAGCUUCUCAGGCUCAAGCAGUCAACCAUCAGACCCUAAGAUGACUGCAAUCCCUACAUACCUGCCUGGCAACGACAACGAAAACGACAACAAGCGUAGAUCCCUCGUUUCUGGCCCUCCUGUCAUGAAGCGCCAACUCUUCGACUGGGUCUGGAAGGCCAAAUCCGAAGGUAGUGACGAGGCUUCCGAUUCGGCUGACGAUAAGAAGAGCUCUGGAGACAGCAAGGCUUCGGAUGAGUCUGGUUCCAGCGACGACAAAAAGGAAUCCAAGGAUACCUCUGACUCUACCGACUCUUCCGAGGAUUCAUCCGAGUCUAAAGAUGAUGCCUCUGACGCCAAGGACGAUAAAGAGACUUCAGACUCAUCCGAUUCCAGUGACGACUCUUCCGAUAACGCGAGCGAUAGCACUGGAGGCAGCUCCGAUGAUAGCGCAUCCGACGACAAGGAGAGCAAGGACGCAUCCGACGACAAAGAGUCCAGCGGCUCUGGCUCAAGCUCUGGUGGAGAUGAAGAGGCAGACACUCCAGCUGAGGGUGGCGAUUCGAGCUCUGAUUCAGGCUCAGACACCGAGAGCGGCAGCGGCAGCGGAAGCGGUUCAUCCUCUGGUGAUGAUUCUUCUUCGGGCAGCGACUCAUCUUCUGGUGGAGAAUCGUCUUCUGGCUCAGACGACGAGUCUUCCUCUGGAUCAGGCGGUGAAUCUUCCUCUGGUGGCGAGUCUUCCUCUGGCUCGAGUGGUGAAUCCUCCUCUGGCACAGGCGGUGGGUCUUCCUCCGGCUCUGGAUCAGGUAACUCCACAACGCCUGCCUCUGGUGGCACUGCAGCAAGUGGUACUAUGCCCGCAGCAGCUGGCGAGUCAACUCUUACAGAGACCAUGAUGGUAACCGGCGAGUUCGAUGGCGGCAUGAAACGUUUCGGUCGUGGCGUAUCCUGCACCGGUCAAUCAGAAGGAGGAGACAGCGAUGCAGUGUUCUCUAUCGCAGCUGGCGGCACUCUCCGUAACGUCAUCAUCGGCGCUGAUCAGAUCGAGGGUGUACAUUGCCAAGGUCCCUGCACUAUCGAAAACGUCUGGUGGGAGGACGUUUGCGAGGAUGCUCUUACUUUCAAGAAGGACGGCGAUGGCACAGUCACCGGCGGUGGAGCAAUGGGCGCAUCCGACAAGGUCAUUCAGCACAACGGCGCUGGUACAAUCACAGUCAGCGGCUUCACUGUCUCAGACUUCGGCAAGCUAUACCGAUCAUGCGGUAACUGCAAGACAAUGGGUGAGCGCCAUGUAAAGAUCGACGGUGUCAAAGCUACGGGUGGAAAAGCGACUUUCGUUGGCAUCAACACCAACUACGGCGAUACUGCGACAAUCACAAACUCCUGCAUCACGGAUACAAAGGCCAUUUGCGAGGAGUUCGAGGGCAAUGACACUGGUGCAGAACCCAAGCAGAUCAGCGAGGGCCCUAGCUCCGCUUGUAUCUACACGCCUGCUGAUAUCGCCGCUUGUUAG